UUUGAAAUUAAAAACAGAAAAAAAAAAAAAAAGAAAAAAAAGAAAGAAAGAAAAAGAAAAAUAUUUGUACGUUCAAGAUUUAGAAAGUUGGCAUCGCGUUGAAAAUAUAAUAUAUACGCGUUAAAUCAAUGAUACCGAGUUUGCGCAUCCGACUCGGUUUCAAUCAUCUCCGAUACACGAGAUUUUCUUCUCAGCGUCGAGGUUGUCGAUUCGUUCGUUUUAACUCUUUCGCAAAGAACAGUUCCUUCGCGAUUAAUGUUCGACUGCUCGAUAUAUCUUCGUUCUUCCCUACAGCCUCUCAUUCAUAUUUUCAUAUCUCGUAACUUUCACCUUCUAUCUUCCCCACUUUGAUAUCGUCAAUCUAAGCUUCUCUUCCCCUAAUUCCGUUUUAUCCCCGAUACAGUCGUUGCGCCUCUGUUGUCGCCGCUUUCAUCGUUGCAGCCUCCAUCGCCAUCAUCCCUACUACAUACCACCAGCACACCAUCUCUGUUGCUCGAUGUCACCAACGACACUACUACCAUUACCAUUAGCUGAUAUUCGUCUACUACCUACAUUCCCGUUUUCAGGGGUGUUUGCGAGCACGCGCUCGCACCAGCAGAAUAGCGUUACUCCCGAAACGUUCGAGUCAACGUAGUAGCGUAGUAAGAGUAAUGCGCGCGCGCUAGACAACUAACCAGCCACCUUUGGUUCGAGCAUAAAGCGACUUGUACACCAUCUUUGCCCGAUUUUCAUGAGAAAGUGACAUCGAAACGGAGUACAUCUCGCGCUCUUGAUUAUUGUCAUCAUUCUCGUCAUCGUUCUCGCUGUGAUCGUCGUGAUUAUCGCCGUCGUCUUCGUCGUCGUCGUCCUCGUCGUUGUCAUCGUCGUCGUCAUUGUCGUCGUCGUCGUUGCGUUAUGUCGUCUCGCUGUCACGUUUGAACAAUGAUUCGAUUUGGAAUUGAAAGAUAGAGAUUUAAAGUUCGAUCGGACAAUGCUUGGCGUAAGAAUACUUUCAAGUAUUUAUGAGAAGAAAACGUUGAAAACGUGCGUAACGAAAUGAAAGGAAUUUUUGACGUUCAACAACCAUUCUAUUAGCGUAGUUUCGAUCGUCAGGUGUAACGGAAAAAAAUGUUAAAGGAAGAAGAUGAAAGAAGGUGAAGAUACAUAUAUACAAACUUCUACGUACUAGCGUAUACGAGCGUUACAAAGUUGUGUAUCAAAUAACGGAUAAACAAGAUUCCAUCGAAACGGUAAAUUUACGCACGUAACGCUGACUCGCGUGUUCCGGCCGAUCGAUCGCUACUACGAGGGAGCGAUUGGUUCGUUCGUGGUUUCAUCAUUUACUCGCAUUCGGGUGUUGGUCGAUAGCAUCGAAAUAAUGUUUCUAUCCGUCAAAAAAUUUGUACACUGUGGAGUGCUGUUACUGUUAUGGAUCAAAUCAAGUUAUCAACAAGAAGAGGAUAUACCUCAUAACGAAGUGAAAAACUGGGCGUUGAAAUUUGGAGUGGAUUUAUGGGAAUUUGGCAGGCAAGUUACGAAAAUGAGCGAAAUACAAAGGAAAUACCACGAUAUGGAGGCCGAAGUUGUAAAAAAAGAUGGUGUCCUGUUAGUGCGAGAGAUGGCUGCGGAAGUAAAAAAUAUGUUAGAUUUUAAAAUGAACGCUGUUAUGAGAUUGGUGGAGAGCGCCGAACAAGCGGCUGUAUCGGCACCCAGAGACGGAAAUGUGGCACCGAAAUAUUACGCUUCUCAACGUUUCGACUCUUCUUCGGGAGAGGGAAAAGCAUCGAUAACCGGACAAGAAACUUUCCUUUCAUCGAAUCGACAUUUCGAUCAUUUACCCGUGAACAUUACACUUUCCACGGUUUUAUUACCGGACGGAGUGAAACAGAUCGAUCGCGAAGUAGCCGCUGGCAUUCAAUGGAGCGAAUAUUUGGAUUUAUUGUUCGCUAAUAAUUACGAAAGCGAUUCUUCCCUUUCUUGGCAAUAUUACGGCGCAACUUCAGGAUUUUUAAGACGUUUCCCCGCAAUUUCCUGGCCACCUGCCAACGAUCGUGCUUUCGGUGCAGAUAAAAAUCGACCUAUUCGAGACGUAUACGAAUUUCGAAUUUCCGAUUGGUUCGUCGGAGCCGCAAAUAGUCCCAAAGAUUUGGCUAUAUUGAUCGACAUGGAAUGCUACGUAUCGGAAAGGAACAAACGUCUAGCCGUAACCACGGUCAAAACCAUCCUCGACACGUUAGGUCCGAACGAUUACGUUAACGUUUAUCGUUACGGGGACACCGCAGAGGAGAUCGUACAAUGCUUUAAAGAUAGUUUGGUGCAAGCGUCCCCAGAAAACGUACAAGAUUUGAAGAUAGCGAUGAGUUCUGUGAAACACGAAGAAACACCGACAAAUAUAUCCGCUGCUCUCGCGACCGCUUUUGAAAUUUUGCACAGAUAUAACAGAACGGGACAAGGAAGUCAAUGCAAUCAGGCGAUCAUGUUAAUUACUGCCGACAAUGCCGGUUUACCUACAGAGGUGAUAAAACGAUACAACUGGCCUCAUAUGCCUGUCCGUAUCUUCACGUAUCUGAUCGGUGGUGACAAAAGUCCGGAAUUACGGAACACAGCAUGCGCCAACAAAGGAUUCUAUGCAAGGAUCACCGAAUUGGAAGACAUUAGAAGCAAAGUUUUCGAAUACGUGAAGGUGCUUGCUCGACCUAUGGUGUUGUAUCAACACGAACACCCUAUUCAUUGGAGUCCGGUUUACGUUGGUGGAAAGAGCAGCAGAUAUGGCAAAGAGAAUAUCGGACAGUUAAUGACGUCGGUCACAGCGCCUAUUUUAGAUCGACGAAAUUAUACGGUGAAGACAGCUAAUUUAUUGGGUAUCGUCGGCACCGAUGUACCCGUCGAAGAGAUACAGAAAUUGGUUCCUCCUUACAAGUUAGGUGUCAACGGAUAUUCUUUUAUCGUCGACAAUAACGGCCGUGUUUUAUAUCAUCCGGAUUUGCGACCAUUGCCGGGAAACGUAGACUACGAGGAAACGUUAAAACCUACGUAUAUCAGCGUUGACUUGUCGGAAGUCGAACUCGCCGAAUACGACGGCCCAUUACAUCCAUUGAACAAUUCUCUUCUUCUCGACGUAAGUUCGUCUCGAUUUAUCUUAUUCCGUCGUUCCGUCGUUAAUAAUAUUGCUCGCAAUAUUUGCUUCGAUACGGCUUACCUUUGUUCCCAAAUGGCAAAGAAGAGAGAAGAGAAGAGAAACGAGAGAAAUGCUGUCUUUUAUCGCAUAUUUUUAUUACAUUUUAUAUUGUGUGUCUCCACCGCUAGCCCUAUUGCCAUACUGAUGGCUCUACUGCACAGCCAAGGAACGAGUACAUUUGGCGUAACACGGAGUUUCAUCGCAACUAGAAGUGGUUUAUUUCGUUGGCACGAACAUCAACAAACCGAAGAUAACACCGAUGAAUCACCGUUUGCCGAGAAAUAUGCAAGAGCUAUGGAUUCCUCGUGGUAUAAACGCGCUGUGGAUCAACACUCGAUAGAACCGGAUAGUUUCGUUUUCAGCGUACCUUUUAACGCCGCGGACAGCCCCAAUCCAUUAGUGACCGCUACUCACGCGGUUUUUAUCGGGACGGGACACAAAGCACCAGCAGCUGUCGUAGGUUUACAGUUUCAACAUUCUUCAUUGGCCUCUCGCUUCGUCAAUAUUACUUCGACGUGUAGCGGUACGAGUUGCAAGAAAAAUUGCGCCUCCGACGCAUUGGACUGUUAUAUCUUGGACAAUAACGGAUUUAUUAUAAUCAGCGAACGUCACGAGCAUACCGGAAAAUUUUUCGGUGAGAUCGACGGCACUAUAAUGGAUUCGCUGGUUCAGGACAGAAUCUAUAGAAAAGUAACAGUGACCGAUUAUCAAGGUAUAUGUAGCCCACAAGAAUCUCAUCAGUCAUCCGCGUCGAGAAUUUUCACGGAAUCUGUCGCGAAAACGAUCGCGAUAUUGGGAAAUUUUCUUUGGAGCAUGGCGUUUGGCUUUAAUUUUCAAAAUUUAUGGCAAGUUGCAUUCGCAUUCGCCGGUGAAUCCGUGAGGCCUUUGGAUGAUACGAUCGGACAAGUUCACGAAUUCGAGUCAUUGCCGGUAGACGUAGGAGGAGAAGAAGCGACGGACGAACCGGUAUCCGAUGGAAAUUUUCCAAGGCUUCCCCCCACUAUUACCGCUGCAACUCCUGCGUCUCCUGGUACGACGCGAGCUACAUCCGCGCAUCAUUUACGAACAAGGUUACGAUCAUGCGAGAAAAAAACGGAUCUUUAUAUUUUACAACCGGAAAGAUUGAACACCAGCGGACAAAGUAAUCCGUUGAAAGGAAAAUUAACCAAUUGUCACGACACCGGUUGCGAAAGGCCAUUCAGCGUGCAAAAGAUUCCCCACACGAACUUGAUUUUGCUGGUAGUAGACACCUUGUGCCCAUGCGGAAGCAAACAAUUGAGCAUAGAGCCUAUAGAGGCUCUGACAGAACCCGGUGCUUGUAUCGCGAGAAGGGAACGUUUGUAUCGUCGUAGGCCUCCCAAAUGUAUAAAUUAUCAUCCAGAAGAAAUGGAGAUCAAAUUUUGCGGUAGCGCGAAUCGUCCCUGUCAUUUCUUCUUCUUAUUCAUCAUCGCAAUUGUUUCAAGCACUCUCGCGUGACUUUGUUCCAAUUGACGAUUCUAUUAUACAUAUACACGCACACACAUUUAACGUACGGACAGAUAGAUAGACGAACGGACGGAUGGACGGACGGACGGACGGAGAGAGAGAGAGACAGACAAAUACGAUACACAGAUAUCCACGAAUUAACGUUUUUGAAAUGAAUUUAGCGUUGCCGUUUCUAUGAAACAGUUAUGAAAAUGAUAUACUAGUUUAUCGGUUUAAUACCUUAUAUAUAAAAUUGAGUAAUACGUGCAUAACGAUAAACGAGCGAGUGCACGCGUAUAUACACUCACACGUAUACUCCGUACGUGCAUGCGUGCGUACAUACACACACACACACACAUACUCGCAUACUUGGAGAAAAGGUUUACGCGUGUAAAUUACAGUCAUACGUACAUGCAUACAUACAUACAUGCAUACAUACAUGCAUACAUACAUACAUACAUACAUACAUAUAAAUAUAAUACGUGUCCGUAUGACAUUAAUUUACACGUAUGUAUUCGUGUACAUACACGUGCACUCUACGUGUACGUAACAAUCACGCAUGCACACGCAUACUCGAACAGGCAUGCGUGCGUAUGCGCACAGAAGAGACGUGUACAUAUUCAAAUAAACAUAAUAUUAAUGUUGAUCUAUGAUUACAUAUCCCAUUAUAAAUUUUGUUGCAAAGAGAUUGUGAAUAUUUCCUAAUCGUAUCUAAGUAUCAGUGACACACGGGAGA